AUGGCGCUGGCGAUCCCUUGGGAUGGCUGUACAGAUGUGAGCAGUUCUUCCGCAACCAACGGACAGGGGAUAGCGACAAGUGAAUUAAAGCACCAACCUAGUAUUCAGACACUAGGUUCUCAGCCAGAUACUACAUCCCAUGAUGGACCAAAUAUUAAGAACGGAGAACUGAAUAGCUGUAAGCCACAACUUCAGUUUAUCAUUCCUUCAGCAGCUUAUGGUGGAGCUAUAAUCAGCUUAGUACUAUUGCUCAUCAGAGCUGAUAAAACACUUAUGAGUAUACACGUUACUACAUGUACAUAUAUGCAAGUGAAUUCUGCUUCAUCUGUCUAUAGCCAUCUGCCAAAUAUAUUGAUUGAUGCAGGGAUUGGUACAACCACUGGUGGACUUGGCGGUGUUGCAUACUGGUCCGUGGUUCUACCCUUUGAUGUGGCAAAUACUKUUAUUCAGACUGCACCCGAUUCAACUUCUAGUAGAAAUCCAUUUGGCAUAUUGAGCUCGAGGAUGAAGGGAAUUAAAGGAUGCUACAAUGGCAUUGGUCCCACAUUAGCAAGAGCAUUUCCUGCAAAUGCUGCUGCAAUUGUUGCAUGGGAGCUCACUGCCAAACUUUUAGAGAUUAAGCUCGAUUGA